CGUUCGCACUGCCUGCAGCUCACUUUUCACGCCAAUUCCGAAGGUGUGUGGGAUCCAUGGCUUCCGCCAACUCGUGGGACCCGGCGUAUGCGCCGAGCGCAGCUGGGAUACUGCUGGGCCAGCUGGUGGCUUCGGGGAUAGUCACUCAGGAGAUGUUAGAUAUAUCUAAGAAAACAACUCCUUGUUUUGUGAACUUCUCCAGACUACAGCAGAUCUCAGAUAUUCAAGCUGAAAUCUAUCAGAAAAACCUGGAAAUUGAACUUCUGAAACUAGAAAAAGAUACAGCAGAUCUUGUUCGUCCUUUGUAUUUGGCUCAGAAGUGUGAUACUCUGCAAAGCAUGAAUAACCAUCUGGAAGCAGUGUUAAAAGAGAAGCGGUCCCUCAGACAAAGACUGCUGAGUCCCAUGUGCCAGGAGAACUUGCCGGUGGAAGCUGUUUACCACAGAUAUACGGUUCAUUUGUUGGAAUUGGCUGUGACUUUCAUUGAGAAAUUGGAAAGCCAUCUUGAAAUAAUUAGAAAAAUCCCUCAUUUAGACGAGAACAUAAAGAAAAUGAGCAAAGCUUUAGCCAAGAUGGAUAUUUUGGUGACUGAGACAGAAGAACUGGCAGAAAGUAUACUCAAGUGGCGAGAACAACAAAAGGAAGUUACCUCGUGUAUCCCCAAAAUACUAACUGAAGAAAAUUAUCUUCAUAAAUGUGGUAUAAUAUCUCCUUUACCUUUUAUUUCCAAAGUUCAUGGCCAGCCCAUUAAUGCCAAGUGAUUAUCAACUUUCUUUUUGCUUAAUUACAUGUAGUCAUAUAAAGUGCAUUUCUUGCUGAUUAUGACAUGAAUAUUGAUAGACUUUGCUGCUAACAACACUGAAAGAGCCCUCUUAAUACUGGAGUGCCAAGGCCAAAAAGAAGGCUCAGUGGGUAAAGGUGCCUGCUGCCAAGCCUUAUAGCCUGAGUUCGAUCUCCUGGACCAACAUGAUGGAAGGGGGGAGCUGACUCCCACAGGUUGUUCUCCUGCCUACACACAGACACACAAUGCACAUACAAAAUAGAUAAACGUGAAAAUAUAUAUAGUAGGAGAAUAUUGGAGUACCAGUAUUUUAGGCUCAUUAAGACCAAACUGCCCUUUAUAUCACCUUGACACUUAGCAAAAUCCUUAGUUGUAUUUUAUUACAAAUCUUAGUAUCUUGCCUAUUUCCUUAUUUGAUUUCCUAUGGAUUUGUGUGUAGACAUAUUCUGUAUCAUGUCACCAUUGUUGAUAUCCAUGGUGGUUUUGUGUUUCUGUUUCCUAUUAAUUCCUUGAUAUAUAAAAAUAAACUAAU